UUAGUCCUAACAAAGGUAAUUUCCUCAUGGCAGGUACUGAAACGUCCACAGUUCCAGGUCUUAAUGCUUUAACUGAAGAAUCUAUUAUGAAUUUAUUCCCAGUUAAGAGGAAAAGGGAGAAAAAAUUUUCUUGUGAUGUUUGCAAGAAACUCUUUUAUGAUCAGAAUAAACUAUCAAUCCAUAUGCUUACACAUGAUGCUAAUCGUCCUCUUUACAACUGUGAAAUUUGUGGGAAAGAUUUAAAAACUAUAUCUGGUCUGAAGAUGCAUUUAGAAUCUCAUCGCACCACAGUAAAGCCUUUCAAAUGUGAUCUUUGUGGAUUAAGAUUAUCCACUCAAAAAAGUUUCAAGUAUCACAAGUUAACAAUGCACUCGACAAAAACACUUACAAAAUCUGUUAUGUGUGAAAUUUGUGGAAAAAUGUUUGUAAUGAAGAGACACUUAAAGAUGCACCAGGUAACACAUCAAGAAAAGAAACACCAAUGUGAACACUGUGGGAAAGGUUUUACAAAAAAUUAUGCACUUGAAACUCACUUAAAAACUGUGCACUCAGAAGAAAGGCCUUAUCCAUGUGACAUGUGUGAAAAGAAGUUCAAGAGAACGUUGAAUUUAAGAAUUCAUUUAAGGGUUCAUACUGGUGAACGGCCAUAUGGGUGUGAAAUGUGUGAAAAACAAUUUAGAACUGCCUUUGCAUACAAAAAACAUAGGCGAGGAAUUCAUAAAAUAAAGUGAAAAUAUAUUACAAGAAUUGGGUUAGUUUUUAAACUAACCCCAAUCAUGUUUGGUAAAAAUGAAAUGGUUUUAAAAUUUUUAUGUUUACUUCUGUAACUUCUCUUAAUAUUUUGAAUGUUCUGUUUGAUAUAUUUAUACAAUAAUGUGAUAAAUAUGUACGUUUUAUUUGUGACUUGUAAUAAAAUGAAAAAUGUACAUAUACUUGAGAUAUCUAUAUUUAUUUUAAAAACUGAUUUGUACAAUAGUUCUUUCUUAUUAGUGGUAGUGAGACAUAUUAACAGAGGUAAGAAAUGUAUUAGUAAAAUAAUUCAUAUUAAAUAUGGGUUAUUUGUUAAUAUUGAUUGUUAAGUAAUGGCUUGCAUAUUGUUAUCUUAUAUGUUUAUUAAAUACUAUGAAUGGGGUUAGGACUGUUUCAGAUUGGUUACAUGUAAAUUUAUUAUAUGUCAAUUACGGUUUAUGCUCUGGACCUGACAAAAUUCAUAAACGUCACCAUCACAAGUAGAAUGUAAAAAUUACUUCUGAUAUGAAUGGUUUAAACUGUUUUCACCAAGUUCUUUAUCAUCUCAAAUUUAUAUUGUAACAGAUAAGUGAUAUUUUAUAUUUAUCAGACCAACAAUUUUAAAAUAUUAUUUUGCUGUCUAGAAUGAACUGAAAAGAAAGGGGUAUCUUAAACGUUUA